AUGUCCGUCAAUAUACAAGGCACAAAAAACAUACUCUGCCUUGUAGUCCUCCGGCAGCAGACUCUGACAGCAUGUCGGCAUACCCAUUCAGCAGCGACAUCAAGACCGCCAUUGUUCAAUAGCAUACGGGCUACAUUGACGACGAAUCCCAAUCACAAUACCGCAAGUGAUUUGCAUGCACGUAAACGACGGAGAUAUUCACAAGACGCGUCUGCGCCCUCGUUCGCACGCCCUGAGCGAAAACCCAAACCGCGAUUCAAGCAGGAUGAAUGGGAAGCCGUCGAAGGCUCAUCACUGCUAGUGAAGUCCAGGAAAUCCGGCUUCAGGAACAAGCAAGCACCCACAUCUGUCCGAGCAGCACCGGACAGAGAUGCACACAUCCCUCUAUCGCAGGAGCGACAACCACCCUACGAGCGCAGGAUCAGACGCAACACAAAGCCAGUCGAAGACAAGGGUACGCUGGUAGCAAAAGAGAACAGAGCAUUAUUUCUCCCGCGCAAAGCCGAGGAAUGGCAGAUCCAGAAGAAAGGACUGCUGCAGAAAUUCAAAGAAGAAGGGUGGCAGCCGCGGAAGAAGCUGUCGCCAGACACGAUUGAGGGGAUAAGGGGGCUGCACGAGCAGGAUCCAGAGAAAUACUCGACGCCGAAUCUUGCGGAGCACUUCAAGGUCUCUCCGGAGGCCAUCAGACGCAUCCUGAAGAGCAAUUUCCGGCCGACGGAGGCGCAGAUGCAGGAGCGCAGGGUCAGGUGGGCGAAGCGGCAUGAUAGGAUUUGGGAUCAGAAGGUGCAAUUGGGACUACGGCCGCCGAGGAAGAUGGAUUGGCGGGUGGAAGAGCCGGAGGAGUUUGAGGAGAAUCUCAAGGCAAAGGAGCUGUUGGAUGCGGCUCGGCGUGCUUAA